AUGUCAGAGCUACCAACUGGACCCUUUGGGGGUAUCAUUGCGGAUGAAAUGGGGUUGGGAAAGACAUUGACAACGUUGGGGACAAUUAUUUCCACUCUCAGCCAUGCUGAGGCUUCAAUGGUGUCAAAGGAAGAGUUUCCCAAGUCGCCAGCAAAACAAAAGUCCAUGGCAACAUUGAUUAUAGUCCCUUCCGAAGCACUUAUGAAUCAAUGGCUUAAUGAGAUCAAAGAUCGAGUCGUACCGGGAACUCUGGUGGCUUGCAAAUACCACGGCCAAUCACGCGAAUCGCAAAAUCUAAGCUUUGAACACAAAGGCAUAGUGCUGACAACUUACGGUACUGUGACUUCCGAGUUUCGCCUAAAAAGAGGUCUACUUCACAAAACCGACUUCUUCCGUGUUGUCCUAGAUGAGGCUCACCACAUACGGUCAAGAUCUGGAAUUCAAUACGCUGCAGUGUGUGGGAUAUCUGCAAAUCGACGCUGGUGUCUGACGGGCACUCCAAUACAAAACAAGCUAGAGGAUCUGGGCGCCCUAGUAUCUUUCCUUCAAGUUCCCUUACUCAGAGAUAAGGAAAUGUUUCGAGUACAUAUCGUCAACCAAGCCUAUCGCAAUAGCUCGACACGUUUUGAUAAUCUCCGUCUAUUACUUGGAUGUAUCUGCCUUCGCAGGACUAAGAAGGUCGGCCACCUCACAGAUCCGAAAGCCGAGAUUCUUUACCUCAAUCUCUCACCCACAGAGGCUCAAGGGUACAGAGAUAUCGUGGACCAUCACAGAAAAUCUCUGGAUAAGGCUGUCAGCAGUGGCUCCUCUAUAAACACCAACAAUAUUGUUUUCCAAGCACUAAUGCAACUGAGGAUCUACUGUAACAAUGGAAUAUGUGCAAGCGAAGACUGCGAAAUCCCGGGAAGUCAGGAUCUUGACAUGGACGAAUACUUCCUUUUUCUCCGACGGAAUAACGAAGCCCAGUGUGUCUCCUGCAAUAAAGAAAUUCAACUCCUCGGUGACAUCAAUGUCCCCACAUCGGGAACUUUUGCACAAUGCCGCCAUUUGAUUUGCAGUCCCUGUGUUAUUAUAUCAAAGAGUGACCACCAGGAGAUGAAAUCGAGCAUCAUGAUCUGUCCGGGAUGCAAAGACGACACUUUGCUGUUCAUGCCCUCCAUCAAUUCUUCACAACACGAAGACCGACCAACAGCUCUUGCCUCAGAGAGAAUUCUAGAUUCGAUGAACGUCGCAGAACCAUUAUAUUCUACCAAGCUUCAUGCUCUGCUAAACAAAAUUAUGGAGCAACCUCCACAAGAAAAAUGUAUCGUGUUCUCGGCCUGGACAAAGAGCUUGGACCUUACCGCUACAAUGUUACGAGAUAAUCAAAUUGGCUAUACCCGAGUUGAUGGCUCAAUUUCAAGCUCUGAGCGUCGAAGAGCUCUCGCUAUGUUCAAUACCGACUCUCAAGUGAACGUAUUACUCAUAACUGUCGGUACAGGAGCUGUUAGAUUAAACCUCACGAGUGCAACCAGGGUACACAUAAUGGAGCCACAAUGGAAUCCUAUGAUUGAGCGGCAAGCAAUCGGCGGAGUGGUUCGUCUUGGGCAGACCAAGGAUUUGACUAUAACUCGGUAUAUUAUGAGGGGGACAGUUGAAGAGGUGGCUAUGGAAGGCUUUGAGCAGAUGAGCUGUGGUAAUACAGCGAAGCAGAAAUCAGGUUCUUGA